AUGCCAAGCGUUGCUGAGGUGGAGAGCCUGAUUGCACUUACUAGGAGGUCGCUGGCGAUUCCUCCGAGAAACGUCUAUGAGGCUGAGAACGCAUACUUGGCCAACGUGGAGCGUCUCAAGGAGGCACGGAUGAAACUCGGCCAGUUCACUGGGGAGUACGUGGAGCGACUGCUGCGCGAGAUGGACAGGCUGGAGCAGGAUUUGAAUGAAAUGGUAAUACGGAAAAGCAACCCUGUGGAUGCGCUGCUUGAUGUGGACUUUGACGCGGAAGGGAUGGAAAACGACUUGGAUGAAGUGGCAGCGGCGGAGAAGGAGAUGGAAAAGAAACGCGACGGAAGGAAGAAACAGGGAGGACGCAAUACAAGUAAUAAAAAGACGCAGGCAAAGGCAGAUCCCACUAAUAAGAAGGAAGGGAUAGGGGGGACAUCCGAUCUCACUCCAGAAGGUGCUGUAGCACAGGAGGAAGAAAAAGACAUAGCAACCGUCGCAGAAACCGCCGACGUGGAAGUUGAAGUAUUGGCCAAGUACAACGAAUGCAGCAGCAGUGAGAUACCGCAGGAGGUUCUUGGCCCGGGACGAUGUUUGAUGGUUCCGAAUACGCCAUUGGUUCGUCUGGAUUUUACUUCACCCGUGGAUUAUGAUGGCAUAUUGUGUCAAUGCCGUGUGACAUUACACCGUGCUGUCGUGACGGCACUCACGUACGGUGUGUCUUCAACGACAGCAAGUAAUUGUGUGGCUGCGGAGAAUAGUUUGGAAAUUGUGAAGGCGGAUGGUGAUGAUGAGCCUCCGUGUAAUGUAAGUGGGGAAAUCCGGCAUGAAGAGCGGCAAGAUGCAGAAGAUGAAGUGGAAUUGGAGGAAAUGGAUGAAGCAUCCGUUAUCGCCAAGCUUUCCAAACAACUCGUAGCGGAGUAUAAUGCCGCACAGGAGGGAAAGGAAGAUGAAGAAAGUGGAAGUAAUUUGUUGCCAUUGGAUGUACCACCCAAGUUGUGUGAUUCGUUGCGUUCGUUCACAUUUUUACCGUGGGUGAUUCUCAUGUGCCACGGCGGUUAUUUUGCUGGGGGUGUCUUUCUGGACAAGAAGCCUGUGGUCCACAAGGCAUUCCAGCGCUACGUGGUGCGCAAGAAGCAGGGAGGGAAGCAGUCCUCAAAUGAGAAGGAAGGCGGUAGUUAUGGUAGUGUGGGGUCUCAAAUUCGACGGGCUCAAGAAGUUAAAUGGAAAGCGGACGUCAGGGAUAUAUUGCUGAGCUGGCGCAAUUACAUUGAUGCAGCAGCCAUUGUGCUAUACGUUGCCCCAGGACCGCAUAACCGUGCCGUGCUGACAGAUUUCUCAGGGUUGCCAGCCAUCACGACAGGAAAUGGUGAACGGGCGGUUUCGCCUGUCAGCUUGAAAGAUCCUCGUGUGCGCAAGGCGCCACUAACUACACAUCGCCCAACGUUUCAAGAAGUUCAACGUAUAUACAUGACGGUGUCUACGUGUACUGUUGAGUACGUGAGGUGCCUUGUGUAA